AUGCCAGCCGACAAUCACACCUAUUCUGGCCCUGCAACCUUCAUCCUGACCGGCAUCCCUAGCACAGAGGGGUCUCAUGUCUGGAUCGCCAUCCCCUUCUGUCUCAUGUACUUUGCAGCUCUUCUUGGGAACUCUCUCCUCCUAUAUAUCAUACUAAGGGAGCGAAGCCUCCAUGAGCCCAUGUACCUUUUCCUCUCCAUGCUGGCCACAGCUGAUCUGCUGUUAUCCACCACCACAGUGCCCAAGAUGCUGGCCGUUUUUUGGUUCAGAAAAGGGGAAAUUUCUUUUGCUGCCUGCCUCACCCAGAUGUUCUUCAUCCAUGUCAGUGUUAUCAUCGAGUCAGGCAUCCUGCUGGCCAUGGCCUUUGAUCGGUACGUUGCCAUCUGUGACCCCCUGAUUUACACUGCCCUGCUCACCAAGCCUGUGAUCGGGAAGAUCGGGCUGGCGGUUCUCACAAGGAGUUUCUGUCUCAUUUUCCCUGUCGUCUUUCUCGUUUUGCGGCUGAAGUUCUGCAGAACCAACCUCCUGCCUCACAGUUAUUGCGAGUACAUGGCCAUAUCCCGGCUGGCCUGCGACGAUAUCUCAGUCAACCUGUGGUACGGCGUCGCCAUGGCUAUUUUAGCAGUUGGCUUGGACACUGUGCUCAUUGCUGUGUCUUACGUGCUGAUCCUCAGGGCCGUCUUCCGGCUCCCGUCCAAGGGCGCCCAAUACAAGGCUCUGCGCACCUGUGGCUCCCACAUUAGUGUCAUCCUGAUGUUCUACACACCGUCCUUUUUCUCAUAUUUUGCAUACCGAUUUGAGCGCAUCAUCCCAGGUUAUAUUCUCAAUCUACUAACCUACCUCUACGUGCUCCUUCCCCCCAUGUUAAACCCCGUCAUUUAUGGGGUGGCAACAAAAGAGAUCCUGAAACGUGUGAUUAAGGUGUUUUAUCGGUGCUGA